AUGCUUCGUCUAAGAGCUUUUUAUCCAUUUUUCUGGAGAGUGUUUCAAUUUCGACCCUCAAGUUGUGAACUAUUAAUUAACCAGAUGAAUAAGUGUACAGAUGAAGAGCAAAUAUUUGAUCUUAUCGAAAGAAACAAAGCCAUGCUUUCAGAAAAACAAGUGGGAUAUGCAUUUAAUAUACUUUGGCAGUUUCAAAAGCAGAAGACCAGCUUGUUAAAAAGAGUUGAAUAUAUCAAAGACAAUCCCCGAUUUCUUACUCUUUGUAAUUUAACUACAGAUAAAAUAGAGUUAAUGAAUGAUGAUACCCUGGUGAAUGUGUUGUGCAUCAUGCAGCAGUUUGCUGUUGAGGCUCAUGACCCUCUUGUUGAAGCACUGGUUACUGAAGGAUGGAGAAGGCUGGAAAGGUUUGAUAUGCAUGUGCUGUCAAAAUUUUCCUCUUGCCUAGCUGAUCAGCAGUUGCAUUUUAGUCCACUAAUGGGAAAAAUAGCUGAUAUUUUAAAUAGUAACUUGGAAACCAUACAGGACUUAAGGUCGUUGUCUGUCUUGAUGGUCAGCACAUCUUCUUUAAUAUCACGACAUUUUCGAGAAAGAUUAGUAAACAAAGCAGAACUUCUUUUUGAUACCAUAGAUUCUUCUCAGGUCAACAUUUCAAAAAGAAUAGUACAAUUUCUUCGGAAUGUUAAGUAUAGUUAUUACCCACUAUUAGAAAGGUGCAAUGAAGUGUUUUUAAGGAAUGUAAGCCACCUUGAUUUGAAUUCCAUCUGUAAAAUACUUGAUCUAUACCGGUUUCUACAAUUUCAUAGUUUUGAAUUUAGUAGAAUAGCCAGAAAGAAGCUAACUGAAAUGAUUCCUCUGUAUGAUGACCCUGAUGGCUUUGUAAAAUUGUUUGUAACGCUGGGACCUAUGGCAGGACCUGAAAAAAAAGAACAACUUAAAUCAACCAUAUUAUUGAUGUCAGAGGAACUGACCAGCCAACAAGCACUGGAAGUGUUGGGAGCAAUGGAAGAGAUGGAAAGUAGAAAUUCACGCCUGAUUAAAAAAAUUGCUUUAGUUGUGGAUAAAUAUUUGGAUAAUUAUAGACCACUAGAGUUAUUGAAGAUAACUCAAGCACUGAUUUUUCUGCAUUUUCAAAGUAAAGACAUUUUUAUGAAAAUCAGAGAAUUACUACAUAGUUACUUGAAAAUUAGUGUCAUACCUUUUGAGAUUUCCAUCCUGGUCUGUGCUAUUUCCAUGCUUCCUGCACCUCACUUGGAUGAAGUAGAGACAUCCCGAAUUGAAGCAGUUUUACCUCAGUGUGACCUCAAUGAACUGCAUAGUUUUGCCACAUCUGUUUUAAGAUGGAUUCAGUAUGAUCACAAGAAUUUAUACAGUAUUACUGGGAAACAACUGAAAUUACUUCAAAAAUUAGAUCACUAUGGACGUCAGAGACUACAAGAAAGCAACAAUUUGGAUCUGUUGUGGGAGGAACUUAAAUUUUUAAAAGGAGACUGGUUUGUUGAGUCACUUCUUGAAGAAACAAUUGCUACUUUACAGCGGUUGAUGGAUGAAAUUAAUUUCACAAAUGUUGCAGGGAUUGCAUCUUUUAUUUCUAGAACUAGCUACCUCAAUACUUUGCUACUUGAUAGGAUAGCCUCAGUAGUCCUUCAGCAGAUUGAAAAGAUCCAUCCUUUCUCAAUCCUUGCUGUUAUUCUUCCAUUCAGUACUUUGAAUUAUGAUCCACCUCAGAGGGAUGAAUUCUUGGGAACUUGUAUUCAACAUGCUGUUUCUUACCUGAAUUUAUUGGAUCCUCUCAUGUUAGUGUUUCUUGGUUUCUCUUUGGCUACUCUGGAAUAUUUUCCAGAAGACCUGCUGAAGGCAAUUUUUAACAUCAAGUUCUUAUCCAAAUUGGAUUCUCAACUUGAAAUUUUAUCUUCAUCUCUAAAUAUGAAAGUUCAAUUUCGUCUUAUGGAGUUAAACAGAGCAGUCUGCUUGGAAUGCCCUGAGUUUCAGAUUCCAUGGUUUCAUGACCGUUUCUGUCAACAAUUAUAUAAUAAAGAUACUGGAAACAUGAAUGGAGCACAACAGCAGAUGUAUAAAAUGCUAGCAGAAGUACUAGGAGGAGUCAAUUAUGUAAAAGCAUCGGUUCUUACACCUUAUUACCACACAAUAGAUUUUGAGUGUGUCAUAGAUAAAAGGAAAAAGCCUCUUCCAUAUGGAAAGCAUAAUGUAAUUUUGGGAAAAGUGCCAGAUGUACACUGGAAGUCAGAUACCCAAAUAGCUGGAUCAAGGCUGCCACCAGGAUCUGAAAGGAUUGCCUUGGAGUUUUUGGAUUCAAGAGCUUUUUGUAGAAACAUCCCUCACUUAAAGGGAAAGUCUGCCAUGAAAAAAAGACACUUGGAAAUUUUGGGCUAUCAUGUGAUUCAGAUUCCACAUUUUGAAUGGAACUCAAUGGCACUAUCUACAAAGGAUGCUCAGAUGGACUACCUGAGAGAACGUAUAUUUGGAGAAGGCAAAUCAUGA